UGAGACCUGAGCAGUGCCAUUGACUGGGACAGGGCUGAGCAUGGCACAGCUCUCAGGGCAUGUGCCCACACACCCUCUCUGUUCCAUAAGCUGCAACACAUGCGCACACCUGGCAGCUGUAUUCUGCCACUGCAGCAUGGCCACACCCACUACCGUGUUGAUUCACGUGUGCCUAAUGUCCCACAGAGACACCUGAGGACAUGGAUGAGCUCCAGGGUGCAAGAGCACAUGGGCUAAGGGCAUGCAUACGAGGCUGUGUGCUUACCUGGAGCGUCACCCAAGGGGUGCCAAUGCCAGGGCUGGGUUCCCAUGGGGAGGGGCGUGUGCUGAGUGGCUGCCAAAUGUGAGCUCAGCCUCCUGCUCCCCUGGGGCUGAGGAGCAGGUGCCCGCUAUGCAUGGGGCCCUAGGGCUGAUAUGGCAGCAUCACCUGGCACAGCCCAGAUCCCUCCCCUUCAGGCGGGUCCAGCUGCUAUCACUGUAGGAGUCAGGUUCACAAGGCAGUUUAGUUGCAUGCCACCCACUGAGUCAGGCAUGAAGGUGAAUGGGGACUGCAGUGACCCUGUCCCACUCCUCCUGCACCCCAGUGCUCAGCUGCACAGACCAAGAUGCUUGGCAGGCUGGGAUCACUGACGUCUGGAACACCUGCAUCUGAAGACCACGUGACAGGGAACAGCCCUGUCUCUGAGGCAUAGGCAGCACCUCUGCCAACCACAGAUGUGCUUCCUGCUCAGGCAAGACGGAGGCGGCUGCAGCCCCAGGCACAGGCUAGACAUCCCGUGUGACGCUGGACAUGACCCUCUUGGUGCCUGAGGCCCACCCCUGCCACAGUCUCUUGCUAGUCCAGGACCUGCCCCCUCGGGACACCUCAGCCAGGAUGACCAGGGCUCACUGCCGCUCAGCCGUGGGCCCCAGAGUGGGUACCCUGGCGAGUCUGGGCCUCACCCUCUUCCUGUCCCUUACUGCCCACUGCUCCCAUUAUCAAGCCAAGGGCUUCCCCCAGGGAGAGCCGGACAUUGCUGGGGCUGACCAUUGGGCCAGGGUCAAAACCUCCCUCCUGCAAGACUUUUGGUGCCAGCCAGCCAGCCAGCUGCCUCAGGAGCAUCUCUCGGCUCUGAUCAGGUGCCUGGCCACCCAGCAGGUAUCACUCAAAGCCUGGCAGCUCAGCUGCUUGGCCAACCUUGCCACGUGGCGCGGCCUUCAGGGUGACUUCAGGCUCCACCCGCCUGACCUCCUGCUCUUUUACAACCUGAGCCAGGUAAGGGAAGCUGACUGCCGGGCCUUCACCCACCGUGCUGCCCAGGGGAACACAGAGCUGCUGGCCAACCUGCCUGACCAGAGGAUGACCCUGAGACACACAGCUCUGGCCUGCCUGGGGGCGCCUCACCUGCAGCUCAGUGCCUCAGACCUGGAGCUCCUCGGGGUCCUGGUGUGUGACAUGCAGGCAUCCAGCAUCGUGACCUCAGACCCUCAUGUACUGCAGAACCUGCUACGCUGUCCCCGGCUGACUGCUGCCCAGAGUGUUGCCCUCAACAGCCUGCUGGCCAGUGGGAGGACCCAGCUUGGGCCUCCCAGCUCCUGGAACCUGAAGGGGCUACAGGCCCUGGGAUCCCUGAUCACCUACAUCAGCCCCCAUGUGUGGGCACAGGUACCAGAGGCUGUGGGCCUGGACUUCUUCUACAGAGUGGUGGCUGCCUGUCGGGCAGGACAGCUCAGCCAGCAUGACGCCAGGCACUUCGUGACCAACUUCCUCGAAUCCAAGGCUAAAUUGGCAUCCUGGAGGCCCAAGCGGGGUGCAGCCCACCCUGCCGGGAGGCCCUGUACCCAUGGCAACAUCACAGCCGCCACACUGCGUGACAACCUGUUCCUGGUGCACUAUGACUGCGCCCAGCUCCAGUCGUGCUUGGGAGGCCCCGUGCUCAGGGCCAACCUGGACCCCCUGCUGCAGCACCCCCUGCCUGCCGAGUGCCAGCGCAUCAUCAAGGCCAAGCUGGCCCAGGUCUACCCACAGGGCAUCCCUGAGGACCAGCUGCGGCUCAUCACCUCGCUGGUCUACCUCUUCUCACGCACUGAGAUAGGCCAGUGGAACAUCACAUCCAUGGACACGGUUGUGGCCCUACUGGCCUCGGAUGUGGCUCUGGAGAACCAGACAGAGGCAGUCCUGCAGAAGUUCCUGGACCAGAAUGGUACGGUCACCAGUGCCCUUCUGGUGGCCAUCGGGGGCUCCCGCCUCUGCUGGAUGAGCCCCCAGCAGAUCCAGACCAUCCAGCCCUCAGAAUUCCGGCUGGCUGGGGUCCUGGACAUCUCCUCCUGCCCUCAGAGCCAGAAGGACGUGCUCUUUGCCAAGGCUCGCGAGGCCUUCCACAACACCAGGUCCACGGCUGACUACUACCGCUUCAUGCGCCCCUACCUGGGUGAGCCCCGCCUGUGGGUGGUGCCCUCCCAGAAGCCCCCCCUGCCCCUUCUCAUCACUGCCCCCCCAGGUGGUGCCCCAGUGGAGGAGCUGCAGCACCUGGCCCAGGCCAAUGUCUCCAUGGACAUCGACACCUUCACCAACCUCAACCCACGAGUGCUCCAGAGCCUGAGUGUCAGCAACGUGACCACCCUGCUGGGGCAGAAUGUGGGGGACCUGCAGAAGGCCCGCAGCCACCCCACGGUCAGCUCCUGGCUGCGGAGCCUCAGCAGCUUGGCCCGGGAUCAGCUGGGCCUAGACGCUUCCCACCCUGGGCCCAGCCCUUCCUAUGCAGCCAGCAAGCCCCCCAGCAUCACCCACCCCACACUCCACUUGACCUCCACCUCAGGCCUGCCUGAGAACUACACCUCGACCCCCAUUGCAGGAAGCCCCCCAGUCCACCUGGGUUUUUUGCCGCUCUCUGUGGCCCUGCCUUCUGGCCUUCUGUGGCUGCUGCUGCGUCGCACAUCUCUGAGCCCAGUGGGGAUUGCUCAUGGAGCACCAGGACCCUGGCCAAUGCAGACAGUGCUGCCCCAGGGUGACCAGGCCCACAGGCACCACAUGCAGGAAACAGGGGGCUGCUAGGUGGAGCUGGCCACCUGCCCAGGUUGUGGCUCAGACCCUAAGCCCCAGGGGGACAGCUGUGUCCCACCUCUCAGGAGGCCUGCAGGGCUGGCCCCUCAUGCCUUGGCUCCCAGGAGCAGAGACCUGACCAGUUACAAGCCCAGGUGGGACAGAAGAUGAGGCCCAAGUCUCCUGCCUCCUCCAGGACACCUGGGCUGGACAGGACUUCAAGGUCAUUGUUCUCCCUGGUGGAUCAGAAUAAAAUGUAAGGCUAUCCUGC